GGACAGAUGUUAUUAGACAGCAAAAACUGAUGUUGAUACCCUGACUCUUACGCAGCUUUACAAAAAAUAUCGGGUUACCGUAAUAUUUAUCUCCAAAAACCGUAAAAGAUUUUAAACUGAAAACACUGUCAAGGCGCGAAUUUCUCUAAUUUUGUUUCACAUUUUAAGAGUCUCUGUUUAUCCCUUAAAUCAUUUUGAAAGAAAAUGUCAGAGGAGCAAAUUCCAGUUGUGGUCGGCAGUCCAGAAAGAGAAAUACACGUAACACCUCUUGUAACAUUAGAAAAAGUAAAAAUCUGCGCCUUAGAAGAAGAUGAAGUUGAGCACUUUAAAAUACGUUGUAAGCUAUAUAGAUUUCACAUGGAUGAUGAAGAAGGUGCUACUUGGAAAGAGAGGGGAGUUGGUGAACUUAAAAUUAUGAAACAUAAUACAAAAGAAGCUUAUCGAAUAAUAAUGCGACGUGACAAAACAUUGAAAAUUUGUGCAAAUCAUAGCAUGUCAGCAAGUAUGGUUAUCAGUCCACAUAAUAAUAGUGAAAAUGCGUUAGUAUGGAAUACGCCUUCUGAUUUUACUGAUGGAGAACACAAGCCUGAAACACUAUGUAUUCGAUUCAGAAAACCAGAAAAUACUAUACUGUUUAAAACUAAAUUUGAAGAAUGUGUUGAAAGUUUGAAAAGAGCACAGUCGAAUUCAAGUGAUAGUAUUGUCAAUGGUAUAUCAACAUUAAAAGUGAACGGAGAAAAAGACGAGAAUGAUGACGUUAAAAAUGCUGAUAAAGACGUCAAUAAUGUCGAUAAUCAAAUAAAAAUACUAUCUUUAAAUGAAGAAACAAAUAAGUCUGAUAAUGAAAAAUAGCAGAAUUGUUUUAUUUUUGAUUCUUCUUACAAAAUUUUAGAUUCUUAGAGCUAAUGCAUUUUUAAAAACUGUUUUUUAUUGAAUGAUUUUAUUUGCAAAGUUCAA